GCUUCUGUUGCCAUGGCAACGAAAUUCUGAGAGUCAACAGAGGAAAGAGCAGCUAGUGUCUCAUAGUUCCCCUGUCUCUCGCUGAAUCCAGAGCUUGCCUUUCCGGCUGGACUGCCUGAGCAAUAAGCCCUAGGAUCCUCUUGUGGCUUCUAAAGCCAUGCCUUUCUUGAAGGAUGCUGUGACACUUGUGAAGGAACCGCAGAAGCUGCCCAUGGCCCCGCUCUCAUGGUUCCCGCCAAGCCUGUUUGCUGCCUUCAACGUCACACUGCUGGUCUUUCUGAGUGGCCUUUUCUUCGGGUUCCCUUGUAGGUGGCUGGUUCAGAACGGAGAAUGGGCCUUUGCCAUGGUCACAGGCCCACUCUUCACCCUCACCUUCUGCAGUCUGGUGUCGCUCAACUUCUCAGACCCUGGUAUCUUACAUCGAGGCUCCACCGAUGAGGACCCCAUGACGGUGCACGUGGUGUGCGUGAACCAGCGGGCUUUCCGCCUGGAAUGGUGCGCCAAGUGCUGCUUCCACCGCCCGCCGCGGACCUACCACUGCCCCUGGUGUAACAUUUGUGUGGAGGACUUCGACCACCAUUGCAAAUGGGUCAAUAACUGCAUUGGCCACCGCAACUUCCGCCUCUUCAUGCUGCUGAUCUUGUCCCUCUGCCUCUACUCAGGAGCCCUGCUGGUCUCCUGCCUGAUGUUCCUAAUUCGCGCAAGCCAUCUGCCCUUCUCCGUGGACAAGGCAAUGGCCAUCCUGGUGGCUGUGCCCGCUGCGGGCUUCCUGAUUCCUCUCUUCCUGCUGCUGCUGAUCCAGGUCAUAUCUGUGAGCUCAGCGGAGCGCUCCUUCGAGAGCAAGUGCAGGUACCAUCAGGGGUACAAUCCCUUCGACCAGGGCUUUCCCAAGAACUGGUAUCUCACAAUGUGUGCACCGCUGGGCCCCAAGUACAUGUCUGAAGUGGUCUGUCUGCAGCGACCAGUGGGGACAGAAUGGAUCCGUGAGAAUCGGCCACCCUCACCGCCCCGUUCUCCCGAACACUGUACCCCAGGUCCCCCCAAUCCUCAGCCCCAACCUCCGCACACGGGAGGGAAGGGCCCCCCAGGCAGCGGUGAAGCUGUGUUCUCCAGGAGAUCCAUGCCAGCUCAAGGCUCUCCCUGAUGUCAGAGGCCUCUGGACGGUACGCGCGCAGGUGCACACAGAGCCAGGAGCGCCUGAACUUGUGCCUCCCGAUCUGAGUCCGCGUGGUCCCGGUGGACCCAGUCCCUGUUGUUUCAUUGGUGG